UGACUUUCCCCGGGAAGCAGAUUUGGCGCGCGGUGUGUGCUGUUGUUGUGUUGACCUGCCAGUCAGUGAGCAAAACGUCAAAGUUAUUAAAGAUUUAUUAAAGUUAUGGCUCCGGUUUCUAACCCAGAGAAAGAUAUGGAUGCUCCUGAUGCUCCCGAUGCUGAAGCUGGAGGGCUGGCCAUGUCUCGCUCCAGACGAGAGAAGAAGGAGAAGACGGGCAGGAAAUCUGCUCUGGAGCAACUGAAGAAAGCCAAGAGAGGCGAGAAGAUCAAAUAUGAGGUGGAAAAGUUUUCCAGUGUGUACGAAGAGAUGGACGAGCAGCAGUACUCUGAGAUGGUACGAGGACGACAAGAGGACGACUGGAUUAUUGAUGACGAUGGGACGGGAUACGUGGAGGACGGGAGAGAAAUCUUCGACGAUGAUUUGGACGAUGAUAUAGUAGAAAACAACAAAGGAAAGGCCGGUUCCAAAGGAGCAGCCUCAAAGAAAAAUAUGAAGAAAUCUGUCGUUGCCAAGUCCAACACCAUCAAGAGCCUCUUCAUGAACAGCAAUGUGAAGAGACCGGCUGAGAAAGAGGUGGAUCUGUCCAAAGAUGAUCUAUUGGGAGACAUCUUACAGGACCUGCACUCUGAGAAACCGUCUCUUCUCACUCCUCCUCCAGGGAUCACUCUGAAGAAGAAGAAGUCCCUGGGAUCCUCCAUGAACCCCUUUUCCAUCAAGCAAAAGGAGUCACCGUCAGCUAGCAGGCAGAAGGCGAAGGUUAUCAUCAGACCGCCGCCCUCUAACCCGACCCCCAGACCUUCAUCCCGCCUCCCCUCCUCUUCAUCAGCUCCUCCGGUGAAGAAGCAGGGGGCGGAAGUGGAGAAGAUGGAGGAAGAGCAAGUGGACGACGCUCUGGGGUUCGAUGAGGUGGACUUUGACGAGCCCAUGGAGGUCGGACUUGAGGACGAGAAGCCUGCGAUUAAAGAUGAUCCUGAGACUCCGUCUGAAGCAGCAGAAGUGAAGGUGGAGCCUCAGGAUCCUGUCUUAGUGUCCAGCAGGGCGGGCAGCUCGUGGGGUCAGGAGGAGGAAGGAGGGGUCAGCGAGGCUCAAGUGGAGGUGCAGGUCGACUCCAGCAAACUCCCGUUGGUGGAGGGAGCGGACGGGGAGCAGGUUUUCCGCUUCUAUUGGUUGGACGCCUUCGACGACGCCUACAACCAACCAGGUGUGGUGUACCUGUUUGGAAAAGUGUGGAUUGAGUCUGCUGAGUCUCACGUCAGCUGCUGCGUCUCCGUCAAGAACAUCGAGAGGACCAUGUACCUCCUGCCGAGGGAAUAUGGCUCUCGCUGUGAGGACGGAUCUCGUCUCGGUGGUCAAAGACCUGUCGCGCGCCCCCGUCACCGUCAUGUCCAUCAGCCUGAAGACCAUCCAGAACCCAAAGACUCACCACAACGAGAUCGUGUCUCUGGCGGCUCUCGUCCACUAUGAGUUCCAGAUGGAUAAAGCUCCUCCUCAACCUCCGUACCAGACACACUUCUGUGUAAAACCGGUUGACUGUAUCUUCCCCUACGACUUCAAAGAUGCCGUGACGAAAAAGAACGGUAGAGUGGAGAUCGCUGCUACAGAGCGGACUCUGCUCGGCUUCUUCCUGGCCAAGAUGCACAAAAUCGACCCCGAUGUUCUGGUGGGUCACGACAUCUUUGGCUUCGACCUGGAAGUGAUUCUGCAGAGGAUCAACGUCUGCAAGGUGCCCCACUGGUCUAAGAUCGGACGCCUCAGGAGAUCAAAUAUGCCCAAACUAGGGGGUCGCGGUUCCUUUGCAGAGAAGAGCGCCACCUGUGGGCGUCUGGUGUGUGACGUGGAGAUCUCAGCGAAGGAGCUGAUUCGCUGUAAGAGUUACCACCUGACUGAACUGGCUGCUCAGGUGCUGAAGACGGAGAGAGCCACCAUCCCUCAGGAAGACAUCAAGAACCUCUACAGUGACUCUCCUCACCUGCUCUACCUGCUGGAGUUGACCUGGAUGGACGCUAAGCUGAUCCUUCAGAUGAUGUGUGAGCUCAACGUGCUGCCGCUCGCCCUGCAGAUCACCAACAUCGCCGGAAACGUCAUGUCUCGUACUCUGAUGGGCGGUCGCGCCGAGAGAAACGAGUUCCUGCUGCUUCACGCCUUCCACGACAAAAACUACAUCGUCCCCGACAAACUGUCCUUCAAGAAGACUCAGAUGGAAAUGGGGGAGGGAGAAGAAGGGGAUGGUGGGAAAGGGAAGAGGAAGAAGAAGGCAGCGUAUGCCGGAGGUCUGGUGCUGGAUCCUAAAGUUGGUUUCUACGACAAGUUUGUUCUGCUGCUGGACUUCAACAGUCUGUACCCCUCCAUCAUCCAGGAGUUCAACAUCUGCUUCACCACCGUGCAGAGGGAGGCGUACAACGCAAAGAAGAAGAACAACGAGGAGGACGGGUCGGAUGACAUUCCCGAAGUUCCCGAUCAGAGCCUGGAGAUGGGAAUCCUGCCCAAAGAAAUCAGGAAGCUGGUGGAGCGACGAAAACAAGUCAAACAGCUGAUGAAGCAACAGGACCUCAACUCUGACCUCUACCUGCAGUAUGAUAUCCGUCAGAAGGCUCUGAAGCUAACGGCUAACAGCAUGUACGGCUGCCUGGGCUUCAGCUUCAGCCGCUUCUACGCCAAACCCCUCGCUGCCCUCGUCACACACAAGGGGAGAGAGAUUCUGAUGCACACCAAAGACCUGGUUCAGAAGAUGAAUCUUGAGGUCAUCUACGGAGAUACUGACUCCAUCAUGAUCAACACGAACAGCAAGUCUCUGGAGGAAGUCUACAAACUGGGAAAUAAGGUGAAAGCCGAGGUAAACAAGCUCUACAAACUUCUGGAGAUCGACAUUGACGGCGUGUUUAAGUCUCUUUUGCUGCUGAAGAAGAAGAAAUACGCCGCCCUGGUGGUGGAGAACCACGGCGAGGGACGAUACAGCGUGAAACAGGAACUCAAAGGACUGGAUAUCGUCCGCAGAGACUGGUGUGACCUCGCCAAGGAGUGUGGAAACUACGUGAUUGGUCAAAUCCUGUCGGACCAGAGUCGUGACGUGAUUGUGGAAAACAUCCAGAAACACUUGGUGGAGCUGGGAGAGAAAGUAGCAGCUGGAAGUGUUCCACUCAACCAGUACGAGAUCAACAAGGCUCUGACUAAAGACCCUCAGGACUACCCGGAUAAGAAGAGCCUCCCUCACGUGCACGUCGCUCUGUGGAUCAACUCUCAGGGGGGUCACCGGGUCAAAGCUGGAGAUACCGUCUCCUACAUCAUCUGCAAGGACGGCUCCACGCUGGCGGCCAGUCAGAGGGCGUACGCUCUGGAGCAGCUUCAGAAGCAGGAGGGUCUCAGUCUGGACGUGCAGUACUACCUCGCCCAGCAGGUUCACCCCGUGGUGUCCCGCAUCUGUGACCCCAUCGAGGGCAUCGACGGCGUGCUCAUCGCCACCUGGCUCGGUCUGGACCCAGGUCAGUUUCGCGCGCACCAGCAGUUCCAGAGGGAGGAGGAAACAGGCGGCAUGCUGGGAGCUCCGGCGCAGCUGACGGACGAGGAGCGAUACAAAGACUGCGAGAGUUUCACCUUCACCUGUCCUCAGUGCAGCACAGACAACAUCUACACCUGCGUCUUCGAAGGGGCGGGGGUGAAGUGUGAGCCCAGUUUGCUGCGCUGCUGUCACCUACCCUGUGGGGAACGUCCCAUCGACCAGGCCGUCAACAUCUGCAACAAACUGCUGCUCGACAUCCGGCGCCACAUCAAGAAAUACUACUCCGGAUGGCUGCUGUGUGAAGAUCAGGCCUGCAUGAACAGAACCAGACGUCUGCCCAUCGCCUUCUCCAGACACGGACCCAUCUGCCCCGCCUGCACCAGGGCCACGCUCAGACCAGAGUACUCGGAGAAGGCGCUGUACAACCAGCUGUGCUUCUACAGGUUCAUCUUCGACUGGGAUCAUGCAGUGGCUAAAGUGCUGCAGUGUGACGAGAGAACUCGUGUAAAGCAGUGGAGCAGAGAGAAGGAGGUGUACCGGAGGCUGAAGGAAGUGCCGGACAACGCCUUGGCCACCAGCGGAUACUCGGAGAUCAACCUGGCCAAACUCUUCCAGGCCUUCUCCUCCCUCAAGUAACACACACACACACCUGCAGAGACGACACCUGCCGAGGAGCGCCGACGUCACACUCACAGCGGGACAUUCACACACUCAACUCAUACAUUUGGUGAAGAAAGGUCUAUUCCAGAUCCUCAAAGUCCAAGAUCGUGUCUUUAAAAGUAUGUAUAUUCAUUUAAGGAAAGGAAAGCAGGAAAUAGAUAACAUCUGAGAGGCUGAAAAUGAACUUUUAUGCCCUUUUUGCAUGAAAAACGACUUAGGAUUGUUCGGUUAUCCAAAUAUUUUGGUGUUGCUGAUCCUCAUCGAUUUGUCUACUGAAGUUGCAGAUCACAAUAUUUUGCUUAUCGAUUCAUCUGUAGAUUAUCUUCUAGAUAUUAACUGUCAGAAACAUGUACAAAUAUUCAUCUGAGUUUCAAGAUGAUGUCCUUUUAAAGUCCUAAUGUUCACUUUAAGGAUAUGAAUCCAGUAAUUCUCGAUAUCUACUCGUCGAUUGGUCUUCUGCUCAACUGUUUUAUUCCUGUUUUUGGUUUCCGAAUAUAUUGGUGAUUUUAGGCUUUGACCUCUUGACCCUCAUAUCAUCUUCUCUGAACUAAAUGGGCUUAUUAUUAGACUUAAAAACCCAAUCACACCUCCUCCACACGGACACUCGUGACUUUACCCCAUCUCCCUGACGCUGUAUGAUAAAGGGGAGUAGCAAUCAUACCUAAAUGACAUCUAUUGUGUGUGUGUGUGUGUGCGCCUGUGUGUGCCUGUGUGUGUGUGUGUGUGUAAAAUGACUUCUUCUCAGAGCAGCCAGUAUCCUCCAGAAGACGCUAAUUAGCCAAUGAUAGUGACCCCGGCCUGUAAAAACCGCUGGAGGCCUGCAGCGAUCGGACACUUGUUCUGAUUACCACCAUUCAUCCCGUGUGUGUGAGAGUGUGUGUGUCAGUGUGUGCGAGUGUGUGUGUGAGAUCAGAGGAUGCAGGGGUGAUGGAGGCCACACACACUCCCUGGCUCUUUUGUCUCCGUAUCGAACAGCUGAUCUUCUCCUCCUCCGCUGCCUGAAGCCAUUUCAUCCCUCUCACUUCUCCUCUUUUGUGCAAAUUGUGUUUUAAUGCCUGUAAUUUUCGAUGUAUCCCACUUGCAUUGCUCAGGUGGAUGUAUGUAAUGAUUUUUUUGUGAUGUCCACGAUUUUUGAUAUUGAAACGUUAAUAAAAAAAGCUGAAUGGA